GGGGCGGGGGGGGCGAGGUUUUUGACAGUCCCUCACAGUUGGCACCAAGGAUCUGGGAUGCUUUCGGGGCGGACGGGGCAGAGGGACAGAAGUUUACAGAGUGAGGGGACAGAGAAACUGCAGAAGCUUCUCCUCCUUUCCUCUGCACCUUCAGGACAAAGAACUGAGAAGUGUGGAAACAGGACGGGAAAAAAAAGACAUGAAAAGAACAUGAAAGAGAGACAGUGUCAUUAACCGCACUACGAAGUUCUCUCUCUUCCCUCCGUCUCGCAUCUCUCUCAAUUUAAUCUUAAAUCCACUCCAAUUUCCCCCGAGAGACUCAAUUCUCCCUCUUCCUCGAGAGACAGAAGGACAGAAGCCCAUUCCACCUGGCAGACCAACACCAGGAACCUCCUCUGCCCCGCUCCGCCAUGACUCUCCUGGCCUCGGAGAGGUCGCUUCUCAUCCGGAACAAGUUCCGGUCAGUCCUGCAGCUGAGGAUUCAGAACCGAAGGCUGAGUGAAAUCAAUGCAGACCCAGGGUUGAAAUCUGCCUCCACUCAUCAGAAAACAGAGAAAAAACAGAGUGAAGCUCAACGUCAAACUGAGGACGGUGCCACUCAGAAGUUGCCCCCUGGUGGUCUGAGCACUGAAACUGCACAAGAGAGGACUCUAUGUGGGGCCCAGAGGCAGAGGAAGGCUCGCCCCUCACAGCACCUUACUGAGAGGAUCCAGCAACCUCCAGCAGCUGCAGAGCAACACCUUGAGCACACGUUGCCCCUGGAGAAUGUUAUUUCCUCAGGUCCUUCCUCGUUCCCCACUGAUGUCUUCGAAGAGGACAUCUCGUCCUCCAUCUUGUCUUUAAACUCGGAGCAACACGGUGCUCUCCAAACGCCAUCUAUUUCCUCACUGCCGGGGCUCCCAGUUGACCAACCACUAAGUGACUGCUCAGCUGUGGGCCUGACCCUUAAUAACAGUCCCAGCCAUGCACAGUCUGGUUUGGCAUUGCAUCCAGCAACCACAGGUGUCCGACAACCUGUGAGCAUGACGCUGUGUGAAUCAAACUCCAUGGCACCAACUGGAAGACCAAAUGGGAUGUUUCUGACCUCUCAGACUACACCCCUGCUGCCAAAGACAGCUCGGCCUCCCAGUCCGAUCUGCACCUCGUCUUUGCCCCCUUCCCUGAACUUCAAUCACCUUACCCGCCCACGGAAACCGCGGGACAUCAAACCCAAGAUGAAGAAACUCAAGUAUCAUCAGUACAUUCCUCCAGACCAGAAGGGAGCGUCUGGGACCGGAGCGGGAGGAGCUAAACAGAGCAGCCCUGCCCCUACCCAGCCUUUAGACCCCGCCUACUCCCACCUGCUGAAACAACAGCAAGUCUUCCUCCAGCUUCAAAUCCUGCAGAGUCAACAGCAACAACAGCAGCGACUACAACCUCAACAGCAGGUUGUGCCGAGUGGAGAUCACAAUGAUCUAGUGACGUCUUGUGGAGGCGCACCGCUCAGUCUCCAACCUGUUCCCGCCCCAACAAAUCAAACAGCGGCAGACACAACUCCUGCAUCCAAACCAGAGCUUCUUCCUGCAAAUCUUGUUGAUUUAACGGUGUCGGAGUUGAGGCAACAGCUGCGCAAGCGUGGCCUCCCCGUCUCUGGAACUAAGCCGGCCUUGUUACAGCGCCUUCGUCCCUUCCAGCUUCAGCAUGCCUGCCCCACCCCUGCCCCUCUUUGUAAGCUGGGCACCAGCCUGGAGCCCCUCAUUCCCUCUGCCCCGCUGCCACCCGGUCAGAGCCCUGGCUCCAGCCCCGGUUUCGGACUGAACUCACCCGGCAACAGCCCAAACCAACAGCUGUACAUCCAAGAGGGGGGGAUGCCUAACGGGAUACUCAAUGACGGCCCAAACAGAAAUCCAAACGGGACUCUGAACACUGUCCCGAAAGCGUUCUCAAAUGCUGCAUCAGUCAGUUUGGCAGGCAAACAGUGCGGCCUCAGCGGCACUGUGUUCCUGGAUCCCACCAGCACCGCCUCAGGAACUCCAAGUCCCAGUUUGCCCAUGUCGUCCUCCUCACCCCUACAGUGCGGGACUCCCUGGAGAACCGAGAGCGAGCAGCAGGAGCAGCAAGAGCAGCUAGAGCUGAGUGUGAAGCUAGAGAAGAGGGAGAGGAAGAGGAGCAGGCCCAGUGACUGCUACGUGCAAGCUGGUACUGAGUCCGGGGAGGGAUCCCUUCAUCCGUUCCUGCAACAAGAUCCAGGAUGCUUAAAAA